UUUUUCCUGGGAGCCUGCUCAUAUCUGACUUUCAGAACUGAUAAAUCACUGAUUAAUUGUCACUGUUGAGCAAGAAAGUGUGAUUAAUGACAGGCAGUGUUUAAUGGGUCUGUUAUGCAGGUGCUUUUAUGUGUUAAUGAUUUAUACAUUAUCAGUCUGAUUAAUGAGUUUAUAAGCAAGGGAGUGUUUUCGGUACAUUAGGCUAUUGCUCAUGCUUGUGUGUGCCAAAUUAUUCAUCAUCUGUUUGUUCUCACAGAUUCGUACAAUUCCGACGUGGGGGAAAAAAAGGGGAUGGAGCAAUUUAAGUUCCCCCAGGCUUAAUGAAUGGAUUGCAUUAGUAAUGUCCUCCUGUACAUAGGGUAGGGCUCACUGUUAAAGUGAUUCCGAAAAAAGUCAACCACUUAAGGGUGUGUCUGGGUCUCUGUUACUACUACGGCAUGCAGGAUGGGCCAAACUCGCUCGGCUCUUUCGCACACCACCGACAUUCCAGGCAGAGCGAAGUUGAAAGCAGGCGAAACAGCCCAGCGACUCCAUAUCUGCGGGUUUAGGAGCGGAGAGAAGCAUCGGACGCACCAGUUAAAAAGGAAUCCGAUGAAAAAUAAAGUGCUAUCGUGUCUGGGAAGGAGAAAGCGAGACUCCAGCCCAACAGAAGCGGAUUCAGUUUGCGGAAACGAAGCCGGAGAUUCAGCGACGCACCGCGAUCACAGAGUAGGAAAGUUGCCCAGGGACGAGGUUGUGUCGGGGGUAGAGGAUCGUCGAGCAUCCCCGGGCUGUUUGGAGUCGCCGUCCGGCCUAGAUGACCAUGUCGAAGCCACCCAACACGUCGUGAACCGAGAGGUAGCGGCUGGCUCGUCCGAUGAGGUCCGCUGCGAGGAGCCAAAGCCCCAGCGAGAAGACAAUGCCUCGGGUCCCCCGACGAGGGCCAUGGAAGAUCAGCCACUGGGGGGUGUUGUGUCUGAGGCUCGGGAGGCUCUGACUUCAGCCCCUUUCCUCGCCUCUGACCCGGACACUGAGCGGGCUUUCUCUAGCUUGUCCCCACAUCAACCGUUGGGUCGUGGACUGACAAAAACAGACGAUCACGCUGAGGGUGAAAUGACGAAACGUGACUGCAGUCACGUUUCAUGUCGGCCCACAGCGACCGGGGACCAACACGAGUGUUGUCCGGUGGAAAGUGAGAGCCCAAAGGACUCCGAUCAGUCCCCUCAUGGUCCUCCAGAGGGCCAGAGUUACGCUGGACCUAUACCGACACUCAUCAUAACGAGAGACCCCAGCCCGACCCGCUCUCAGGGGACUCCGGCCCUGCUGACGGUCCGAUCGGAGCUCAGCACCGGCUCGUGUCUGGACCCUCACCCGGACGACGAGUCCCCCUGCUCUGACAGCGGCUGCGGAGGGUCCCCUGCGCUGAUGCGCUCACCGAGGAAGCUGUCCAACUCCUCCUCCAUCGGCCUGUCCUCCGCCUCGUCCUUCGAGGAGUCCGAGGACGACUUCACCGGGAGCGACAUCGAGUCCAGUCUGUCUCCGGCCCGGUCCAUGUGCAGCCCCGACGAUGGGACAGGGAAUAAGUCCUGGCAGAAAUUGAAGACCAUGGUCCACUGGUCCCCCUUCGUCGUGUCCUUCAAGAAGCGUUACCCAUGGGUGCAGCUAGCCGGCCACGCAGGGAACUUCCAGGCCGGCGAGUACGGACGCUUGUUGAAGCGAUUCUGUGAGUGUGAGCAGCAGUGCCUACAGAAGCUGAUGAAGGACACAUUGCACCCCUAUGUGCCUGGUUAUUAUGGGAUAGUACAGCGGGAGGAGCAGGAUUAUAACCUGAUGGAUGACCUGCUGGCUGACUUCGACUCGCCCUCCAUCAUGGACUGUAAAAUGGGCAGCAGGACGUACUUGGAGGAGGAGCUGAUGAAAGCCAGAGAGCGUCCGCGAUUGCGGAAGGACAUGUAUGAGAAGAUGGUGGCAGUGGACCCCGGGGCCCCCACUGAGCAGGAGAGGGCCCAGCAGGGAGUGCUCAAACCCAGAUACAUGCAGUGGAGGGAGACUCUCAGCUCCACAGCCACUCUGGGCUUCCGCAUCGAAGGCAUUAAGAAAGCCGAUGGAACCUGCAACACCAACUUUAAGAAGACGAAGCACAGGGAGCAGGUGAUGCAGGCCCUGGAGGACUUUGUAGCUGGCAACACUCAGAUUCUGAAACUCUACCUGCAGCGGUUGGAAGAACUUCGAUCCGUCCUUGAGCUGUCGCAGUUUUUCAGGACACACGAGGUUGUGGGCAGCUCUCUGCUGUUUGUGCACGACGCCUCGGGGAAGGCCAGAGUGUGGAUGAUCGACUUUGGGAAGACGGUUCCCCUGCCGGAACCUCAGACCCUGGACCACAGGACUCCCUGGAUGGAGGGCAACAGGGAGGACGGCUACCUGUGGGGCCUGGACAACCUCAUAGGCAUCUUCAGCACUAUGCUCCCACAGACAUCAUGAGAGGGAGACUCCAAUAGAACUUUGAUGUCCAGAUGGCGGAAGAGAUACAAGAUCGGGAGAGUUUUAAGAAAAGAUUACACAAACUGAGAAGUAUCCAAGUGUCUUUAUCCCAUUGUACCUGUGCAAGAAGAGGAUGAACACAGGAUUUCUAUUGCAAAGUGGAAUAUGCCAAAGACCAACUUCAUGCAUGAUGCUCCUCUUGGGGACAGAUGACCUGUGAUGAGUUGAGGCAAACAGUAGAAGGAAGAGAAACAGGGAGACUUGAAUGCAGAAUUGUAACUUUUGUCACAUGGACAGUGUGAACUCAUGGACCUCGGCAGUCACUUUUUCCUGCAAAGACACACGCUUUGACGUUGCUCAUCUUCCUCCUCAACAGCUCCCUCUGUUGGUCAGAGUUGCACACGGCACUCUCACAACCAUGAACUCCAUCCAGAGGUAUGAAACCUUUUCACGAGGCCUUCGAGGAGCAUUGGGUAACGGGAGUGAUUCUUUUUGUCAUGGACCAUUUUUGAUGUUUCAGUAAACAGCAACACUACAACGCUGGUCAGACCACGUGUUAACUAAACUCUGUGUGUAAAUACAUUUUUUUAUUUAAUUUUUUUUGGCCUUGGUAUAACCUCCUUAACUUGUUUGUACAAUUUCUGUGCCUAGCUUUUUUUUAAAGAACAAGCUGUUUGAUCAUUCCAGUGCAGUGGACUCCUGCUAUUUUUCUUCCAAAGAGUUCACCCACCUAUUAACUGCUUUACACUAUAAUCCCAAAGUUUAACUUCUUGCAGAACAAGUGUUUUCUAAAUUUGGAUUUUUGUAUGAUAAUGCAGUGAAACUUUGUUUUUCUCAUUUAACUGUACAGUAAGCAGCUUGGCGGCCAUGUUUGUCUGGAAUUUAUUGCACUACGGAUCCUCACAAAGGCAUCGAACAAAUCAAGCGUGUCUUAAAAUGGGAAGCAGCAGUCGAGUGCUGGGUUUACAGAUGGAGACUUUUAGACAUUUAGAACAUGAAUUUAAUUUGUCGUUACCACUUCUUUCCCUCUGAUCAGUGUUGCUUUAGAUCUGCAGGGAGUUUUACAGCGAAGCAGUGGCGUAAAGGGUGAAAUGAAACUGGAAUUACCUGAUUUAAAUGGCAGGUCUGUUUUAAGGUUUUUGUGAGGUUUCACUUGUGUAUCGGCUUAAACGUUAACUAACUGGAAAUUUCAAACGUGUCUUAUGAUUCAACAAUGACGCAUAAUCAAAUACGAGAAUGUCCCUUUUGAACACGAGGACGUUGCUGUAAGUCAUUUAGCGACACUAAACACUUGGUUUGUGGGGUUGAAUCUUGCCAUGCGGGAUGGAGCGUUUACAAAGAGACAUUGUUUUAUUUAGAUAUUAAGUCGCAGUACUUAUGAGCAUGUGUGUGUCAUCAUCCCUUGACUGGAAUGCAGCAGGUCGGUAAAAACAACUUAGUCAGCGUCAGGCAGCAGUGUUUGGGCGUGUGCGUUAGUCGCAAACACCCGACUCCAUGAAAUUGGAAUUCAAAUUCAGGAAUUCAGUUUUUCCAUCUCCUCAGAGUAAACAUACUGGGAGAGCGGAACAAUCUAGUGUUUACAAAGUAUUAUAUUUCUUCGCCCACGAAUCCUCUAUAUUUGUAAAAUAGCAAACUGUCAGGUUUUCAAACAGGGUGCGGCUUUAUUAUUUAGAAAACUGGAUUGAUAAACACGUUUUUUUUUAUUUUUUAAAAAGCAGUGUAUUUCUGCACAGGCAGACUGGUGAAAAUUGAUAUUAAUUCUCUGCUUUGUCCAAGUCAUGGAUUGCAAUAAACUGGAAAUAAUUUGA